AUGCUGCGUCGCGACGUCGGUAUUUCACGUUUGCCCAUGCUGACGUGUUCGAAGCUCAUCCUCGGGGUCCUUGCGGCGGCCGACGCGGCCACCAUGCUCGCUGGCUUCCAGCCAUCGCCCGAGCUUGCGCCGCAGGGUCAGAGGGCGCUCAGCGAUGCGCCGUUCGAGCUCUCUAUCGGCAUCAAGGCUGCCGACCCCUUGGCGCUGGAAGCGCAUUUCUGGGCCAUCUCGGAUCCGAGCCAUCCAAAGUAUAGCCGAUUCUUGGCCCAGCAUGAGGUCGACGCUCUCACAGCGCCUCGUCCUGAUGCGCUUGACACGGUCCAGCGUUGGCUUUCUGCGCAUGCAGUCGACAACGUGACGUUUUCUGCCACGACCAACCGCUUUACGGCGCGAACGACGGUGCGGACGCUCGAAACCAUGAUGCAGACAACAAUUCACGCAUUCAACGUCGAUGACGGUCACCGAUUGUUGCGCGCAACGACGUCACUGACGCUGCCUGACGACGUGGCGCCACACGUGGCAUACUUGAACGUCAACACAGCCCCGAUGCGCCGGUCGCUUCGUGCAGCGGCUGUGUCACCGACUGACGCUGUCCGCAAUGGCGCUGGCGUCACGCCAAGCUUCCUUCGCGAGCUGUACAAGAUCCCGGUUCAAACACACCCGAACGAGACAAAUGCGCAGAUGAUUCCAGAGUUCUACAAUGAAGCAUGGAGCCAAGACGACGUUGCGACGUUCUUCCAUCAGUUUAUGCCCAACGAAUCCUUGCCUACUUUGCACUCAAACAACGUGGCAGGCCGGGACAACGCCCCCGAUCACGCCAGCGCCGAGGCGUCUCUCGAUUUACAGUACAUCACGGCGAUCGCACCCAAGACACCGACUUUCAUUUGGUCUCAGGCCGGCGCCAACCCCUACUCGGCGGCCGACGAGCCCUUUGUCGAAUGGGCCACGGCAAUGCUCUCGAUGGACAAGCCGCCGUACGUCGUAUCGCUUUCGUACUCGGACGAUGAAGCGCACAUCUUCGAGUCAUCCGAAAGCUACGCACGAAGCUUCGAUACGUUGCUCAUGAAGCUUGGUGCGCGUGGCGUCUCGGUGGUCAUGUCCAGCGGCGACGAUGGCGUUGCUGGUCAACGCCCAGCGCUUCUCAAGACGCAUACCUCGAAUGCUGCAGCAUGGUGCAAGCGCGCCAAUCCACAGUGGCCAACGAGCUCGCCGUACUUAACGUCCGUGGGUGCGACGAUGCUGAGCAAGAGAGGGCUAACACCUGACUUUUUCGCCACGGACGAAGAAGUUGUCUGCUCGUCCGAGCUCGGGGCGCUCAUCACGUCUGGUGGUGGCUUCUCAAACCAGUACCCGCGUCCAUCGUACCAAGCUGAUGUUGUUGCAGCCUAUCUCAACUCGUCCGCAAUCCCGUCGCUGGCAUACUUUAACGCGUUUGGCCGCGCGUACCCGGACGUGGCUGCGUUUGGCUCCAAUUUCAAGGUUGUGAUUCGCGGGUCGACCAGCUUGAUUUCUGGCACGUCGGCGUCGGCGCCUGUGUUUGCCGGCACCCUCACGCUAAUCAACGACCUGCGCCUGAACGCGGGAAAGCCACCGCUUGGUUUUGUCAACCCGCUCUUGUACAAGGCUUACGCGCAAGACCCACGAUCGUUCAAUGACAUUGUCGUUGGGUCCAUUGCGGCUGGCAUGGGGUCGGCCAAGCCCGUGUGCUCGCAGACGUUCCGCGCAACGAGCGGCUGGGACGCAGCAUCCGGUCUUGGUUCCCCUAACUUUGAGGUGCUCAGGGAUUUGCUCGUACACCCAGAGGCGUGGCUUGCGACAGCGUUUGACGGACCGCCGAAGGCGAAAAACAGCAGCCAAGGAACGAGCGAAGUCAAUCGCAACAACGUGCCCGUCGUGCUCACAGAGCGGCUCUCGAACCUCGCGAUUGUCGUUUGCGUCGCGACGCUUGCCGCCGUACUCGUCCUCAUUGGAUGCACCUGCUGUUACGUCCGCCGCUCGCUAAAGCACAAGUCGUAUCAAGAAAUCGACAUCAACAAGCCCGACACGCCCAUGUACCCUUCAAAAGCCAAACAGGACGCCGCCGCCAUCUUCACGAUUGACGACGACGACGACGACGAGAAGGACAUCGAGCUAACGGAGGUGCCACUGGGCAAGUAAAAGAGCGUAUCGUUCGUUAUCGUUGAAUAGACU